GGUAGGACGCAAAAACGGGAACCUCGCGGUUGCCUUCGUUCUGCACACAGAGUCAGUCGGUCACAGAGUCCAGCCCAUAGAUUUACUCCAGUCCAGUCAGUCCAGUGUGUAUGUGCUGUGUGUAUAAAGCAGAAUAAAUAUCCAAAGCAAGAAAGAAACAUAGAAUAGUGUUGUUGUUGUUGAAAAAUAAAGUGCUGCACGGAGUGGUUCUCUAACAUAUACCUAGAGUCCGUGCACCGUCGUUUACGUAUAUGGGAAAAGUGGCAGCCAGCAAUAAUGUAACGAUACACGACGGCUUGUGAAGUCGGUCUUGGUAUUAGAAUACACAGCCUGCCGCCGAGGAGAUAUUGAAUGCAAUCGCGAAUGCGUCGUCCGUUUGACAUAUCGAUAAAAUAGUUACGGGACGGGAGCUGGAUACUGCUUUUUAGUAUCAUCGGUUUCGCGUGUGUACUUUAGGCUAAAAUACAUAUUGCAGUGGAGUUGUUGUCUGCAGCUGCAACAAGGAGUCAUACUGCUGCAGCAGAGCAUUUGGGCGGUGUUUGUGAAAGAAGUGCUUUUUCCUUAAAUAUAAUAAUUGUGCAAAGUGAAGAAACCGAACGUAUAGAGAGGAGUCCAUUCAUAACUGGACGGCUUAUCCAUCAUUCAUCAUUCAUCCCAAUAGGCUAGCGCAGUGCACGGAGUACUGAAACGGAGCAGAAAUGAGUGCAAUCAAUAAUAGCAGACACCAGAAGCUAGAACAGCAACGACAGCUUAUGGAGGCCUACAUCAGACAGAAACGGGCGACGCCUGGGAUGGUGCAAGCGAGCGACCUGCAACUGGUACGGCCAAUGUCGGCGGUGAACCGAAAUGGGCGUGAAGUGCACGCGUACGAUGGACCGAUGCAGUUCAUGAUGUCCCCCAGCAAUCCGGAUCAGAUUCUCAGUUCGACGGGGACGGUGACGACCGGGGCGACGACGACGACGACGACGACGACAGUGGGCGGUGCGUCCUUAACGACGACGCCGACCUCGCCGUACAGUGAUGGUCCGCUGGAGAAACUCACCCCCUCGUCACAGGACAGCGAAGACGAGGAAAGCACCCCGGUGGACAUUCUUCCGUCGUCGAACAGCUUCGACUCGAGGCACAGUGCGGACCACCUGACGCAUUCGGCUCCGAUUUCACCUGCCCUGAUGAACAACAACGGUGGAAGCCAUCACGACAGCAGUAGCGGCAAGAGCGUGGAACAUUCCUCGCCGCAAGCCAGUGGCCAUAACGACACCGAGGGGGACGUGAUUGGACCGCUGGAACAGUGGGUGACGCAACCGGCUCCACAGGGAGUGCUGUACAAAUGUAGGAUAACCAGAGACCGGAAAGGGAUGGACCGGGGGCUGUUUCCGAUCUACUAUCUGCAUCUGGAACGGGACUACGGGAAGAGGGUGUUUUGCUUAGCGGGCCGAAAGCGCAAAAAGAGUAAAACGUCAAACUACGUCAUUAGCUGUGAUCCAACCGAUUUGUCCCGACAGGCCGACGGGUUUGUGGGGAAGCUCCGGUCGAAUGUGUUCGGAACGACCUUCUUCGUGUACGACAAUGGCAAGAAGGAAGACCAGGGUAAUCCGAGGCUAGACCUGGCGGUGGUGAUAUACGACACCAACAUUUUAGGUUUCAAGGGACCGAGGAAUAUGACGGUGCUACUGCCGGGCAUGACCGAGGACGACCAGAGGGUAAAAAUCAGUUCAGCCGAUAGCCAGCAGGGCCUACUGGACAGCUGGAAGUCAAAGCACAUGGACAAUGUCGUCGAACUGCACAACAAGACGCCCAUCUGGAACGACGAGACGCAAUCGUACGUGCUCAACUUUCACGGCCGGGUCACGCAGGCCUCGGUGAAGAACUUUCAGCUGGUGCACGACUCCGAUCCGGAAUACAUCGUGAUGCAAUUUGGGCGGACAUCGGACGAUAUUUUCACCAUGGAUUUCCGCUACCCGCUGUGCGCAUUCCAGGCGUUCGCCAUCGCCCUGAGCAGCUUCGACGGAAAGCUGGCGUGCGAGUAAUUCUCCGAGAGAGGGGGGAGUGUACUUUCUUGUAGGUUUUAAUUGGAAUUGGUGCGUUAUUAGCCGUAUCACGCACGUAAUUGGAGAAGGAAUAAAGCAAACGAAACUUCAUCAGGUAACAAAUUAGGAAAGUGAAACACUUGAUUAGAAGCGAACACAUUAGAAAUGCCACCCGAGGACGAUGACGGUCUCCGGAAGGCCUCUCAAUUAGAGCAGUAAUAGUGAAUAGAUGAAACUGCAAGUCGAUUCAGUUGGAGUGUUAGCUUAAGUCGAAGAAGAGAACGAAACAAAGAUUUCUACGUACGGUUUAAUGUAUAGUGACACAAUGAAGCGCUUGGAGGUAAACAAAAAUAACAAAAGUUGAGUUCAAGCUAGGAAUAUAGAAAAAAAAAAAAAAAAAUAUAAGCAGGAAUCUGUAAAGAGCUUUGAUUAAUAGUAGUUUAGAACCCACAAGAUGAGAGAGUAAUAUUUAUUUUUGUUUUAGGAUUAUGGAGACGAUGAGUGGAACAGCUGAACCGGAGCUGUUGUGAUUGAUUUGAAUCUUGUGCUGUUUGAAAAAAAGAAGGUUUAUCUUAAAUUUGAUUGAAAUCAGCAGAAUGACUUACUUGAUAUUUAGAGAAGGUCGUGGAUCUAUCUGAAUAUUCAUAUGUGCCUUUGUUAGAUAUUAUAAUUGAAUUGCAGUGCAGUAGACUUGAGAUGUGUCCAUUUACUCUAGCAACAGUAGCUUAUUAGAAACAUUUCCUUAGGUAGGUUCGAUUAAAUCUCAAGCAUCUACUACUACAUGUUUGUAUAAAAAAAAUUAAAAAAAAACUUUCAUGAUGGUAAAAAUUUGCUAACCGUUUGGACAUCUCAUAUGUUGAUUAAAAAUGUAGAAAUUGAAGAAUCGCUACCUAUUUUGAACUAUACUACUGUGAUUUCAGAAAUCUUGCUCAACUGAACAUGUUUGACGAAGACGGGAAAUAUUUUAUAUGGUUAGGAAGAUGAGAUUUAGUACAAAAUAAUAUUUUACCUUUUCAUAAUCAACUUUUCUUAUGGUAAGGUAUAUAAAUAUCUGCUCCACUCAAAAUCCGGACACUUUAUUUAUUCUAUAACAGCGCCUUGAGUGGUCGAAUUUUGAUUAUUUUGACUGCGAUUUGUUUUGAAAGUAUUCAUGUUUCAGUGGUGAAAGUUUCGUCUCGUUUCAUGCAGAAUUAAAAAAAGUUGUAAGGUGGGGUAAAAGUUCGACCUUAGUGGUCUUUUAUUUUUUUUUUUAAAUAUGUUAUUAACAAAAUUAUAACAAGGAAAGUAUGC